UCCAUAAAAUAGUUUCGAGUUUAAUUCGAGUUAGAAAAUAAAGUGUGCGAGUAAAUUAUUCUUUUAGCAACUACGAGAAACUCGAACUCAUUUUAAAUGUAUAAGCGCGUUAGGAAGUAAUAUAAGAACGUGGAAGGAAACGUGAAAGCGCAUCAGAGGGUGCGCAGUAACAUUUUCUGGACCUAUAAAGGCUCGUGUAAGCCCGCCUCUACUCACAACUUACCCGGACCUCGCCGCUACAGCCCCUACUAGCAACCCUCGACGAUUUACGGAACUUUUGCUAACAUUGUGAAGUGAAGUUGUCGUACUCUACCAAAAUGAGAGUAAUACUUUACGCACUGGCGAUGGUUGCAGCCUGCGAUAUUAUAACUGGCCUGUAUUUACCGGGUAUGGACCACCCCAUGGUGAGGACCAUUGAGCAAGAGUCGUCAUGGUCCCCGAGAGCGCGCCGCAUACCGGAACCAAAGCAUCGAGUCAUCGAUCCUGCUGAAGAUUGUUUCCUCGUGACGUCAGACGAAGGGGAAUUAUUUUUCAAAUCACCGUCAGACGAACCCUCUGUGUGCGGUAUCUACAUGAUAGCCGAGCCUGACAAGAAGAUACAAGUCACUUUCAACUAUCUGGACGUACCUUGUGAAAAUGGCGGACUAGUUGCGUGGGUGGACGGCUGGGAACUCAAUGGACAACUGUGGCCGGCGGACGCCUGGACCGAUGAGCGGCUUGUGGAGUCCUGUGACAAACGUCCUCAGCACAAGCUGACCUCAAGCCAGAACGCCGCACUUAUACAGUACAGAGUACCAGCCAAGGGUAAAGGAUUUGCUGUCACCGUGCACCACGUGAAGAAUACCAAACCUUGCAACAUAUUGGUAUUCGACCCGGAAGGUGUGUAUACUUUACGCAACCACGGUGAACCCGGCAAUUGCUCCGUAUUGGCGAUAUCCCCCACCGCCGUGGGAGUGUUGGCCCUCGAUGUUGGACAGUCCGUGAGGAAUAGCCCGCUGAACCUUGAGACUGGGACUAUUCAUUUCUGCAAGAAGCGGGGUCUAACUGACUACGUGGACAUCGGCGGCGCUGUCGGCCUCGACCACACGAACAUGGAGGUGCUGGAUAAUGUCUGCGGACUCGACUCUGUUGCAGGUCAACGACCCGCUUUCAUCGCUUGCGAGAAUACUGUCGUCCGUUUGGUGUCCAGUGGCGUAUACAAAAACUCCGUGACACUCGGCUUUGGUCCUUUGAUCCUUGAUCGUAUCGAAAACGCGGAUCUCAUCUGCGCUGACACCGUUGAAAUGUAAACUGUACUAAGAGCCAUCUAUGUAUCGCUUCAUGAAACGAAAUGUAACGCAAUGGUUCCGUGUACUAAUGUAAUAUUAGGCAUUCGUGUGGUU